GGCGGUGGGGUUGGCACGUGGGGAGCGGCGGAGCCAUGGGCAGGGCACCGGGACCGGGACACAGACGGGGACAGAAACCAGGAUCGGGACAGGGACAGAAACCGGGAUCGAGACCGGGACAGAAACCGGGAUCGGGACAGGGAUCGGGACAGAGACUGGGACAGAGAUGGGGACAGAAACCGGGAUCGGGACCGGGGCAGAUAUCGGGACAAGCCGCCCUACAACACAGUAGGAAGCAGAAGUUGGACAACAUGAAGCCCAAGCACCCGGACGAGCAGGAGAUCCCCUUCCGCCUGCGGGAGCUCAUGCGGAGCCGGGAGGCCAUGAAACGCCCGGGGCCCGGGAAGCAGAAAGCAGCAGAGAAGAAGCAGCCCAAGCCAAAGGGCCCCGGAGCCCAGGGGGACGUCCCCGUGCCCCGGUUCAGGAGAGGGAAGGGGGAGUCGGAGCGCUCCUUUGUGUGCCGCAUGGAGCAGGAGGUGCAGCGCGUCCUGUUCCUCACCGAGAACCAGCCACAGCAGCAGCCGGAGCAGGAGCUGGUGGCACCCAAGUCCAAGAGGAAGAAAGCGUUUCAGAAUAAGAAGCUGGAAAAAGCUCGGAGGAAGAAGGAGGAGAAGAAAGAGGCCAUGCUGGAGAAGAGCCUGUUCCAAGACACGGUGGCAUUUGGGGACGUGGUCACACAGCCACCAACCAUCACAUCCCGGCCCCGGGGCCGCGGCCCUGCCGAGCAGGCUGGGCGGAAGCGGCUGCUCCUGACCCCGCGCCUGGGCCGGAGCCUGGCAGCGCCGGAAGCGCCGGUGUCCAUGGCUCGGCAGCGCAUCGUGGCGGAGGAGAGGGCUCGUGUCAUCCAGGCCUACCGGGACAUCCAGAGGCGCAAGCUGCAGCAGCGGGAGGCGGCAGAGGCCAGGACCGAGGCCAGACGCAGGCUCCAGCGCUGAGCAUAGCGUGGUCACCAUGGAGCGGGCAGGCAGCAGGCAGGCAGCGGGCAGGCAGCAGGCAGGCAGCGGGCAGGCAGCGGGCAGGCAGCACCGGGCCCCAGGACUUGAAGGGGACGCUGUCCUGAUGCUGCUCUGCUGUUGCCAGGCCCUGGGACUCCCCAUAGCCCCAAACCUAAGCUCAGGGCACCCCAUGGGCUCAGUGCUGGAGCUGGUGCGGCCCCAGCGCCAAGGACAUGCUUGUAGUAAAGGUGCCAUUGAGUGCUGA